UUUGAUUGGUAUUAUUUUCAACAUGGCGCUCAGCCUAGUUCAGAAUGUGUGUGUGUGAAAGUGCAGUGAAAUUAUGUUAAUACCAAUUGUUUAUAGUGAUAAAUUUAGUGUAUAAGUGAAAAGAGUGUGCAUUAAUGCAGCGGUUAUCCUAUCAUGGCUUUGGAUUUACGCUUGCACUCUCCUGCAGGCGCGGAACCUGUUGUUUAUACAUGGCCCCUCACAUCGGGUCAUGGCUCGGACAAACACGAUGGAGCAUUAGAAAUAGUAGAGACAAUAAGAUGGGUCUGCGACGACCUGCCGGAGAUGAAAGGUGCAUUGGAGAAAAACAUCUUAAGCGAUUACGACACCCACUCAUACGAAAGUAUGAGGGCUUUAUGCGAUCGCUUCAACCGCGCCAUAGACUCUGUUGUAGCUCUAGAAAAAGGAACUUCACUGCCAGCUCAGCGUUUAAACAAAUAUCCCUCACGUGGUCUUCUAAAACAUAUUUUACAACAAACCUACAAUCAAGCCGUCUCAGAUCCUGACAAACUUAACCAAUAUGAACCGUUCUCCCCUGAGGUAUACGGAGAAACGUCGUACGAACUAGUCUGUCAGAUGAUAGAUCAGAUAAAUAUAUCAGCUGAGGAUGUGUUCGUUGACUUGGGAUCGGGCGUGGGGCAGGUGGUGCUGCAGAUGGCCGCCGCUACACCGUGCCGCAUCUGUUUCGGUGUCGAGAAAGCUGAAGUGCCUAGCAAAUAUGCUGAGAGUAUGGAUUUACAUUUUAGAAUGUGGAUGAGAUGGUAUGGGAAAAAGUAUGGAGAAUAUAAAUUAAUAAAAGGCGAUUUUCUGAUGGAUGAGCAUAGAGAGAAAAUUAAUUCCGCCACCAUUGUGUUCGUCAAUAAUUUUGCAUUCGGUCCCCAUGUGGACCAUCAAUUGAAAGAGAGGUUUGCCGACCUCAAGGAUGGAGCUAAGAUUGUCUCGUCUAAGAGCUUCUGCCCUCUCAACUUUAGGAUAACGGAUAGAAAUCUGAGCGACAUUGGGACAAUCAUGCACGUUAGCGAAAUGUCGCCGCUCAAAGGCUCCGUGUCUUGGACCGGCAAACCAGUAUCAUACUAUUUACAUAUAAUAGAUAGGACCAAAUUGGAGAGAUACUUUCAAAGACUGAAAAAUCCGAAACUCAAGGUCAGCAAAAGGAACUGCCAGGACGAGGCCGAGGGAAAGAGGAACGUGAGCGCGCCUCCAACAAGACAACCCACACCGGACCUGUUGAACGGCAACAGCAACCACAGCACCGGCUCGCUACCAGAGAGACGAAGGAAGGUCGCCCGUCCGAGACCCAUCAGGGGCGAAGCCGGACGGACUCGAGCGCGUGUGGCGGCGGCGGCCAAGAGGCGCGUCGUGAGGCGCUCCAGCGACGAGAGUGAGGAAGAGUCCAGCGGCACCGACGAGCCGCCGGGACCCGAGCCCGCGCCGAGAGAGUGGGGGGCGCCCUGGGCCUCCUCGCCGCACUCCAAUCGGAACCGGCGCACAACUAACAAACGCAGCGCUAGCGCCGGCGGUGCUCGUCGUCGUGUCGCUCGCGCCAAGCGUCGCCGCGCCGCGCCCGCUGCCAUCGCCGGCUUGGAUCUGCUCCACUCCACCACCCUGGCGUCCACGCUGCACGCGGGCGCGGUGACGGCGCCGCCCCCGGGCUGCGUGGAGCAGCGUCUGUCGGCGCUGGGCGUGCAGCUGCAGCCGGCAGACCGUCUGCACUCGGAGCUGGACAUACCCCGUGCUCCUCACGCGCCCUACUCCCUGCAACUGCUGUUGGACAUGUUCCGCGAUCAGUACCUCGCCUUCAUCCGCCGCAUGAACACACCGGACUACGCACUCGAGAUUCGCGCGCAAAUCGACAAAGAGAAGGAAAGAAAUCAAAAACUGAAGUCUCGCGCAUCUCAGUUGGAUAAACAGAUCAACGUAUUAAUUAGCGACAGCGUGGCUUUGUUGAAGGCACGGAUGAGCGAGUUGGGGAUACACGCGAAUAAUACGGUCGACCUGCUGGCCAAGGCGAAAGAGAUUGUGGGGCGACACAAAGAGUUACAGAGCAAAGCAAGCAAAUUACAGGCUCAGGUGAAUAAUAUAGAGGCUGAACAAGCGAUGCUUGUGAAACAACGAACUUUUGAAAUUACAGAGAAGUAUAGGCAGCUGGGACAUAUACCCCCAGAUGUAGAGAUCACGCAGAGUAUAGCUCACGAUUGUAUAUUGAAGGAGAUCUCGGCGACGUUGGCGCACAGGAAACGUCUCCAUGCACAAGUUGGACACUUGCAGAACGAGAUCAUUCAGAUGGAACGAGCCAGCGAACAACAGAAAGUGGCGGCUCCUACUGUACCCGUGGCGACCGUCAAACCUCACACUGUCAAUUCAAAACCAAGAAAGUCGAGGGAACAUCGGUCACGUUCGCAGGAAUGGCCGGAUGUGCCGGAUGUGGGGAAGAUCGAAGAACAAAAUCCAGAGAUCCUGGCCCAAAAGAUAUUAGAAACUGGCAGACAGAUUGAGGCUGGGAAGAUUGCUAAACCGAAUGUUAUUGUAAAUGGGUAUAUAAGAGAUCCUGAAAGACAUGUUGAUCAUAGGCAGGGUCGGGCGGUCGCUCGAGCCGCGCCGCCGUUGGCGCGACACUCGCCCGUCAAGUCUCAGAAACCGCUCAACGUCGUGGCCAAGGUACAGGAGUCACCGAAGGUCAUCAACUUCGAAGACCGACUCAAGAGCAUCAUCACAUCCGUCCUCAACGAGGACCAGGAACAGAGGAAGGCGUCGCGGCUAGAGCCUCGUCAAGCAGUAGCGAAUCAAGCGUACGCUAACGGGUACGUCCGACCCGUAGCGGUGACGUCCAGCACGCUCGGCGCGUACGCAGCGAGGCCGGCCGUCUCCGCCGCGCCGCCAGCCGUGUCGCCAUACGCGCGUGGCCUGCGGGAUGCGAGGGACGUGCGGGACGCGAGGGACGCUCGUGACGUACGGGACGUUCGUGACACACGGGACGCGAGGGACGUACGGGACAUGCGGCGGGAACGCUUUGGCUUCGAUCGUCGGGAGCCGCGGCCGCACCCGCAUCACGAAGCACGGCCGCCGGACAUGCGUCAUCAUCACUCCGCGCAGCCUGAUUACACACAGGUGUCUCCGGCGAAAUUGGCACUGCGUCGGCAUCUAUCACAAGAGAGGCUGGCGGCGCCGGGGGCUCGCACCAUCGGCGACCUCGUCAACGGAGAGAUCGAGCGCACGCUAGAGAUAUCAAAUCAGAGCAUCAUCAACGCCGCCGUCCACAUGAGCGCGCGCUACCACGAACCUGCGGCCGCGCACCAGCCGCUUGAGGGUCUAGCCGCCUGUUUACAAGCACGCGUUCUAGCGUCGGAGUACUGGCGCGGGCGGAACGGCCCCGCGCCCGCCGGCGAGCGGCAGGAGGAGGCCGGCCGGCGGCGCUCGCCCGCGCCCGACCCUCACUCCAACACCUCCACGCCACUCGUCGACGAGCCGCCGGAGCCCCGGCCGGCCGCGCCGGAUGCCGAGGCCGGCGAGGAGGUCGAGGAGAGCAAGUGGCAAGAUCGGAUAGCGUUUCGCUUCGAUCAGAUCAUAUCGUUCGCUUCCACCGCCAUGGACGACAAGCGGCGGCGGUCCGACGAGGCGUGUAACACCUCACCCGACUCCGGCAUAGGUCACGGCGAAGCGGCCCGCGGCGCCGCAGACGGCGUCACGACCGCGCCGGCGGGAGAGACGGGCGGGGGAGACGCCACGGGCGCGCCGCCGGCGGCCGAGCCGGCGCCGGUCCGCCGCUCGCCGUCCCCGCCGGCGCCGCACCACUUCAAAAAGCGUUUCUUCCGCCGCGAGCGAUGGGGCGCGUGGUCGUCGGGCACGCCGCCGCCGGCCGCCGUGGAGUGGGAGCGUCCGCCGAUGUGACGCCCGCGCUCAUAGCGCUGCGCCGAGUGUCACUUCUCGCACCGCCGCGGCUCCUAGCGACCGCCGCCGCCGCGUCACCGAUGUCGGCUGAUUAUUUGUUACUAUUUUUUUUUUUUGAAUAUAUAAUGUAAUUAUGUAUAUUAUUGAGUUUAUUUUACGUUUAAGAAUUGUAAUUAUUUAAUCGUAGGUCUUUUGGAGCGACUGUCGCGUCGCGACGGAUUUGUAUUUCAUGUGUUCAUUUAGGUGUUAGAUUUCGAAAUACAAGUUUCGGUAACGGUGCGGCGAUUCGUGCAUCGAUCGUUCUAUAUUUUUCUUUGUUGUUUUGUGUUUCGUUUUUUUUUUCGAUGUGUACGUGGAGCUCAGUCUGAAUAAUAGUAAUCAUUUCUUUUGAACAUCUCGGCACAAAUGUGGAAGUGGUUCAGUAAAUAAAUUGUGUAAAUAUAAUUAUGCUAAAAUAUUUAAAUGGAAAGCAGAUAUAUAUUUAAAUGAUAGAAUCGAGAUAGCCACACAACAUGCUCAUAACCGCUGCCUUAAUGGCACAUUCUUUAAUAAAUCUUGAUUUUACAAAUGCAAAGUGAAGCUUAUGAAUAUUGAUUAGUAAUAAAAGUGCAAUAGGAAUAACAGAACCAAUAUAAUAAUUAUUGUAAUGAAUCAGCGGCGUUUGUAAAAAUUAAUUAAGUGGAAUAUGUGAUAAGUAGACUUUUAUAACUAAUCAUGUGGUUGAAAUUCAAUAACUUAUUCGAAAUCGAGGUAAACGCAUUUUACGUAAUAGUUAGGUCCUCGAGUAAAGUUAAUAUUUUUGCUAUGUCGAAACGUAGUUGCAUAUAUGAAACAAAGCUCUUACACGUUUAUAGUAUAAAAUAAUUUAAACACAUCUCGCAAUGAACAAACAAACCGAAAAAUUUAAGAAUGCCUUAAUACUACAUAUAUAUUCAUUCAAUCUUAUACACGUGUAUUCGGUUUCCUAGAAUCAGGUAUGUGACACUAUAAAUAUGUAUUUUGUGCCAAAAAUGUUCACAGAUUACUUUAAAGGUUUGAUGUUUUACGAUGGACAAUCGGAGUUUUAAAAUGCAUGCGUGAUUAAUUACAUUUAUGAAACUGGUUAACAAUGACUAAAAACUGAAGGGUGACGAACGAAACGUAGGCAGUAUCCCAAUAAAUAACAGUUCUGUCUCGUCGAAAUAAGAAUCACAAUUAACUAUGGGCAAGUAAGUGUAUUUGAAAUAUUAUUGGUAAAUAAUAAUCAAUCAACCUUCAGAUUUUAAUCUAAAUUGCAAGCAUACGUUAAGUGUUAUAUUCCAUAAGAGAUAUUGGCGUCUUUUUGACAUAUUUUACUAAAUAUUUGCUGGAUAAUAGAGGGAAUGCUAUCUACAUGUACGUGUUGUACGUAUUAAAUAAUGUUUUUUUUAUUUAAACAUACAAGAUUCACUUGUAGUGGGUUUAUUAUGCAAUGGAGCAUAAGUUACAGUUUGAAUAAAUGCCUUAAUAAUAAUAUAUGAUAAUAGAUGAUAGGUACAUGCAAGCCACUAUUCAAGAAUAUAGUUAGUUCUCGCUAGAACAGGGUUUAAUUACAUUCAGAGUUUUCGUAGGUGUUUAUAUUAAAAUUAAAAUUAAAAAAAAAAAAUACAGAUAGAUUCGUGAACACUUCGAAAAUUUAUGGACGUAUGUUUUUAUAAUACGCUCAUAAAAAUCAUAUCCGCCUUUUUAGCAAUAAGGCUUUACACAUUGAUUGCGUUGUUUUUAUAUAACGUGUGACACAUUUUUUAAUGGAAUCAAUCAAUUAAUUAUAAAGGAUUUUCUUUUUUUAUUAUUAUUAUUUAAUGUUGUUGAUGCAGACGUGCUUAAUAAUGGAAAAAUCAUCACGGAAACCGGCUAUGUGUUCUAUUUAACGGAAAUUUUAUAGUUUUUUUUUUGUAUUCCUUUUGUAUACCUAAUUAGAAAUAGUGUAGAAUUCGAUUUAUUGAAACCAAUUUAUAUGAACCAAUAAACUGUUAAUUAUUGAAAUACAUAUUUUUUUACCUAAAAUUAAUGAAUUAAAAGCCGCUUGCUUUUCAUCAACUCCUAAAUGUUCAAAUAUUUUAUACGGUAUGGGCAUGACUUAAUAUUUUUUCAGUGAUUUAUAACAAAAAAAAAAAUUAUAGAAUAAAAUAAUAAUUCUAAUUUGUUAAAUCUUUUGCAUGUUGAUGUUGUGUUGUUUUAAAUGUUUUAAAACGAAUGUCCAUAUCCGUUUGGUGCACUAUUAAAAACGUAGAUUUAAGAUUUUGUCAAAAUUAUAUUGUAACGAAUAAGAAAUAGUGUAAAUUAAUGAAAAACAUGAGCAAUGGUAAUAAUUUAAGACCGAUAAAAAUGUGUUAAAAGAAUGAGAUUUUUAAAGAUAAUAUGUUUGUAAUACACAAAUGACACGAUUAUAAUUAACUCAUUAAAUGCAACAUUAAACAUUUGGUAGUAGACAGGAACUGCGGUGGCCUAAAUGUUUUUCUUUUUGACGCACAUGUAGAAUGUUUUGUUUGUACGUAUAAAAUAAAUGUAUGUGGCUGUCAUUUGUUGUAUUAUAAUCAUUGGAGUGCGCUGGUUUGAUUGUGCCUGUAAAACUCACCAAUGCCGCUCCAAACCUCAAAAUUGUGUAUUUGUAAAAUAAGAUAGCUUGUAAAUUGGGUCUAAAGUACCAGUAGUAGGGUAGGUGUAUAUUGGCAAUUUAAUAUUGCGAGAUAGACUUGAGGAGUGAUUACAUUAUUCAGUUUUUACUAACUUUUUUAUGGGGGAAAUGAGCUAUUCGGUGUGACGUUAGUGUCUAAAAUAGUACAAAUGAGAAGACUUAUUGUCGUAAGCUUCGGACUUUCAACAAUGCUAGGUUUGAGAUGUAUCCCUGUGUACUAGUUUUAUUUUGUACUAAAAGUUAAAAUAAAUGAGUAAUUAUA